AUGAGGCUUGUCCUAAUGUCGGAGGAAUCCCUGCCCGAGAGCCGGAGUCAAGACCUUAAUGAGAUGGAUGGCGGGGAGAUUCACCUACGCGACGAAGAUCCUCACCCCUCCCACGAUCGGGUACCCAUGGAAGGGAGCGGACGGAGAAGACAACACGAGAAUGAUGAAGAGCACGAUGAUGAUGAUGAUGACUGGGUCCCGAUCAUCGGAUACACCAUCCAAGAAGUCGGCAGUCGUUUCAUUAAGAGGUUUAAUGCACACCAGAGAGAGCUUCGCGCUCGCUUCGAGGAAAGCGAGUUCUCAGGAUCGCCUCUUUCAUCCAUCAUGGCAUCCCUCAACAUCUCCAUCGAUGAGAUGCUGAGAAAGGUGACUGAGGGUGCCAAACCUAGAGACUUCAUAAGGGCCAUCAUCAAGUCAGACGGAAUGGAUCAUGCCAUAUCUACCAAAGUCACCAGAGUUGAGGACAUGAGUCCUGAAUUGAUCCUGACAACGGUUACAGAACAUCUCCAGUCCAACAAAGAACUUGAGUUGAAUGGGUCUUUCACUCUGGAUUUCCUGCUUGUAUCUUACUGUCAGGGUGGUACGGGUUUGCGGAUAAUCAAUCCCGAAAUAGACAAAAAAGUCAAGAGAUCGAUCAUCCAAAUAAAAAAUGAAGAUGAUCUUUGCAUAGCCAGGGCGAUCGUUGUGGCCCUUGCAAAAAUCAAUGUUGACCCCAAGUGGAAGUCCAUCUGUGACUCACGACGCCCCAUGCAGGGAGAGCAUGCUCGAAAACUUCAUGAAGAGGCAGGCGUACCAUUUGGGAAAUGCGGAGUCGAGGAGGCUCGACAGUUUGAAGAUCAUCUAGGAAUCCAAAUAAAUAUUGUCAGCUUGGAAGAC